AAAAAAAAAAAAGACAAAAGAUGAAAAACACUCAUUUAUUGUUUACGGAGAAUUCUCAAUUUAACUCAAAUUUAUAAUUUUCUUGUCUUUUCUCUCGGCUUCUUGCUCCGAGAAAAUCAUAGCCCUAACGCCUAGAACCUCGACCCAAACAGAAAAUCUCAAUCGUCUGAAAAUCCGCGAACUUCACUUUACCCUUUUAGCUAACAAAAAGCAAUAUCAGCAUUCCAAUCUCGUUUGGUUUCAUUGUUUGGAGCACGAUCACCGUCAGUUUAGGAGUGGAUUUCGUUCAAUCGACGGCCGUGAUCUUCUGUUCUCUGCAUGUGCGACCGCCGGAAUCGUCCUCACUACUGUCACGUCCGGCUGAAUCUAUGUGUGGUGGUGAGUUUUGGAGCUUAGAUUUUGCUGCUUGUUUUGGAUGCCUACUUGUGGAGGAGGAUAAAUGUAUACUGUCGGGGAUCUAGGGAUUUCGAGCCUGGUCCUUGUGGUGUCUCUGGUUCUCCCUGUGAUCAGCUUUGUAAUUAGGAGAAAAUGGCGCCUCGCCGUGGCUAGGAAGGAGGAGAUUAAGAGGCUUUUGGUUUUGGCUGCUGAGGAAGCUGCUAGGGCUGAGCUCGAGGCAUCUCUUGGCUACGGUGCUGCUGUUACGGUCUCCACAGGUUAUCAACAGUGUGCGGUUUGCUAUUCUCCCACCCCCACGAGGUGUGCCCGCUGUAAAGCGGUUCGAUAUUGGGAAAGAAAGAGGUUGAGCACGAAAAGGUUUACAUUCAUUCUUGACCGCCGAAGCUUCAGAAUCCCUAAUGUACCGGAGAUGUCGGCAGAGAGGCCGGUGAGACGACAGCUUCUGUAAAGAUCAUCUAUCAAUGUCAAAAUUAAACAAAACACGCGCAUCUUUUCGGCUGAAAGAUCAUUGAUCAUUAAUGCCGUCUUAAGAGUUAAAGAGUAGCAUCCAUGCAUGCCGCACCUUUUGCAAAGCCAGCAGUUUAUCAAUAAUCCGAUUGUAUAGUCAAGUAGUGGACUUUUAUUAUAGGUAUAAAUUCGUUAAAAUUAC